GGUCCCAGGGCUGCUUGUGGGAAAGGGGGGCAAGGAGCCCUGUGUCCUUACACACCCCUCUCCACAGCAAGAGCCACGAUGGAUGAUAUCUUCACGCAGUGCCGAGAGGGCAACGCGGUGGCCGUGCGCCUCUGGCUGGACAACACCGAGAACGACCUCAACCAGGGCCUCCUGCUGGCUUCCUCGCCACAAGCUCGCUGCGUCCCCACCUCGGUGCCCCUGAGCACCUCCCCACAGAAGCCCUGCAUCCAGGCUCAGCCCCUUCCCAACAGCAGACCUCGCCAGCACCAAGGCAGCAGGCAUGGGGGCUUGUCCUCCUGCCCCCAGCUCAUCCAGUUCAAAGCAGACAUCAAUGCCGCGAACGGGACAGCAAACUGUGUAGAUGCUUUCUUUCUCCUCCCUCAGGACCUGGUGGGCAAUGGGGCCUUGGUCAGCAUUGCUAACAAAUAUGGUGAGACACCCAUCGACAAAGCCAAGACGCCACUGCGGGAGGUCUUGAAAGAGCGUGCCGAGAAGCUGGGCCAGAGCCUCACCAAGAUCCCCUACAAGGACACCUUCUGGAAGGGCACGACCCGCACGCGUCCCAGAAACGGGACUCUCAACAAACUCGCUGGAAUAGACUUCAAACAGCUGAGCUUGAGCCAGAAACUCAAUGAGAACCAGUCAGGAGAGUUGUGGAAAGGGCGCUGGCAAGGCAAUGACAUUGUCAUCAAAAUACUGAAAAUCCGGGACUGGAGCACCCACUGUUCUCAGGCCUGUCGCUUCUCUUGCAGGAUCUUUUCUCACCCCAACGUGCUACCGGUGCUGGGUGCCUGCCAGUCCCCCCCAGCGCCCCACCCCGUGGUCAUCAGCCACUGGAUGCUCUUUGGCUCCCUCUACAACGUCUUACAUGAGGGGACAAACUUUGUGGUGGACCAGAUGCAGGCAGUGAAAUUCGCCUUCGACAUUGCACGGGGCAUGGCCUUCCUGCAUACCUUGGAGCCCCUCAUUCCACGCCACCACCUCAACAGCCGCAGCAUCAUGAUCGACGAGGACAAGACAGCACGGAUCAGCAUGGCUGACGUGAAGUUCUCCUUCCAGUGCCCAGGGAGGAUGUACGCGCCAGCCUGGGUGGCACCAGAAGCCUUGCAGAAGAAGCCAGAGGAAAUCAACAGGCGCUCGGCUGACAUGUGGAGCUUCGCCGUGCUGCUGUGGGAGCUGGUGACCCGCGAGGUGCCAUUUGCAGACCUGUCCAACAUGGAGAUCGGCAUGAAGGUGGCACUGGAGGGGCUGCGUCCAACCAUCCCACCUGGCAUAUCCCCACACAUCUGCAAGCUGAUGAAGAUCUGCAUGAACGAGGACCCAGCCAAGCGCCCCAAGUUUGACAUGAUCGUGCCCAUCCUGGAGAAGAUGCAGGAGAAGUAGAGUGGGGGCUGCUUCCCAGCCAGCUGAUGCUGCCAUGCUUCCCUCCCCGCCACCCCCAAGUGCCUUCUCUAGCCCCAGAGCCAAGGGGGAGCAGGGAACGCCCCCUCACCCUGAGCCCGCCGCGGACACACGGUACAGACAACGUUGCCUCUCUGGAGCUGCUCUGCGGGCCUCAGACACUGCAGCACCAAACCUAUGGCAGCACCUCCAUCCUCCCUGGCAGCUACGGGCAGAGACUGAGCAGGAGGCCUGGCCCAUGACACUGAGCAUGGGUUCUGCUACCUGUGAGGCUGGGAGGGGGCUGCGGAGCCCCCCUGCCCUCCUCCUCCCCAGGCCCAGAGCAGCUCACCCACUUCACGUCUCACAUGAGGCAAGGCCUGGUCCUGGUGCUCUUUCCUGCUAAGGACAGGGGGGCGAAGCUUGCCUGCCAUGCCCAGCACCACCCCAGCUUCGCGCUUCACUCUUUAUCGUUUCCAUCCAGGCCACGUGGAAAAGCCGCCAGCAUCUGAAA